UAGAGCCGCUAGAGCAACCAGCGCCUUGACGAACUCUGGCUCACAAGUAAGCAGCAACUAUCAAGUCUACCUUUCCCGGUCAACCGCAAUGCAAUUCCCGUUUCAAAGUUCACACUCUGGGGACUAUUUCUUACUCCAUGCCAGAAUUCCAUUAACAAGAAAUGCAGUUUAGAGAUCAAAGAAGCUGAACCGAGGAUGCUACUUUCAAUUUUGAGCGGUUGGCUUUAUGUGGAGAAGAGGAGGCUCGUCCAGGUGUUCCCGGAAGGGGUGCGGAAACUGUGGGACGAUUGGGAGCUAAGAGUGAUGGUCCUCAUCAGCCUCACCUUGCAAAUAUUGCUAAUUGUUGUGGGCAGCCGCAGGAAGUAUAAGCCAGGCACUUGGCUCAGAAUGUUUAUUUGGUCUGCGUACCUAAUGGCAGACUGGGUUGCAACUGUUGCUCUAGGUGUCCUCUCCAAUAAGCAAGGAAAUUCCUGCGCCUGUGCUGCCAUCAAAACUAAUCCUAUCAAUGAAGAGCUCAUGGCAUUUUGGGCACCAUUUCUGCUGUUGCACCUUGGCGGCCCAGACACAAUCACGGCUUAUGCUUUAGCAGACAAUGAAUUGUGGUUAAGGCACUUGCUUGGACUUGGCGUCCAGACCGGUGUGGCGUUGUAUGUCACUGUCACGGCCUGGAGUGGAACUUGGCUCUCCUUCAUGACCAUUCCCAUGCUUUUUUCUGGGGUAAUAAAGUAUUUGGAAAGGUCAUUAGCCUUGAGGUCUGCAAAUCGUGAGCAGUUUCUUGAUUCCCUGCUCGAUCCUCCCGAUGCUGGUCCUAAUUAUGCUAAAUUCAUGGAGGAAUUCACUUUGAAAAAGGAGGAGGGGUUUACUGUGUUGGCUAUUGAGGUCAUUGAGGUUGCUGAUCAGUCCCACUCUGGCAGUGGCGACAACAACAGUACCGCCAAUAAAAAGAAAUUGUUGCCUGAUGCGCACAUAUUCUUCCAGAAUUUCAAGCGACUAUUUGUAGAUCUUAUUCUUAGCUUCCAGGUCCGAGAUAGGAGCCAGUCUUACUUCCAGAAUUCCACUUGGGAUGAUGCUUUCACGUUAGUUGAAAUGGAACUUGGAUUCGGGUAUGAUGAUUUCUAUACCAAGGCACCUAUAGUGUACACUAUAUGCGGAUGCGUUUGCCGCUUCAUCACUUCCUCUUUCACUAUUAUAAUUUUUGUCUUCUUCCUGAUUGCUGAGAAGCACAAUCACCGGCAGAUUGAUCUCAUCAUUACUUACAUAUUGCUGGUUGGAGCUAUUCUUCUAGAAUUAUAUGCUGUCAUUUUGCUGCUAUCCUCCGACAGGACAAAGCUAUGGUUGAGCAAGCUUAAACUUAAGUUUCCUGGAAAUAUCCCCUGUUUUCAACCCAUAAUCUCUUGUUUUAAGGCUAUGGUUUCUACAAUAACCUCCUGCUUUCAACCUAUCAUUUCUCGAGUAAUCUCUUGUUUUAAGUCACCUACGGUUUCUCGAGUAAGCUCUUGUUUCCGCAUUAUUUGUAAACUGGUCUCUUCUUUUCUACCUUCUAAGGAACAGAGAUGGUCAAAUUCAAUGGCUCAGUACAAUUUGCUAAGCUUUUCCCUUAAAGAUAAGCCCGUGCCUCUUCUGGAUGAUAAGCCUUACCUUUUUCAAAAGAUUGUGAAAUAUUUACCAAUUUAUCAAAUGUUUGAGAAUCGCUGGUAUAAAUACCAUUGCGAAAUCUCUAAAGAUUUGAAAAGGUUGAUCUUCCAGCACUUCCAGGGGAAAAUGCAGGAAAUGCUGAAACUGAAGAAAAAGGGUCAGUCAGAAAAUGCAGAACUUGACAGAUUUAUCGAAUCUGUAUGCAGUGCCAGAGGCAGUGGUGUUUUUGAAAAAUAUAUAUGUUCCUCUUCUUUAGAUUGGAGCACUGAGCAGGUAGAAUUCGACCAAAGCAUUCUUAUAUGGCACAUUGCUACUGAUCUCUGCUAUCACUCAGAUGGUGGGGAAAAGUUCGCUGCCAAAAAUCAGACUUGUCAAGGGAGCAAGAACCUAUCGGACUACAUGUUGUAUCUUUUAAUCAUGUGUCCUUUCAUGCUGCCAAUUGGGAUUGGGAUGAUGAGGUUUCGAGACACUUGUGAGGAGGUGAAGGAAUUUUCCAAGGAAAAAGGAUUAUCAUCUAAAGAGAAGGCAGACCUUCAAGAUAUGUUGGUAAAAGUGAGUACUCAAGUUGCACCAACUAAGGUGAAAGGGGACAGGAGCAAAUCUGUGCUAUUCGAUGGAUGUAGGCUUGCACAUCUACUGCAGGAAAUAGGUGAAAAGAUAGGGAACAAAGAGAAGUGGGAGUUUGUUUGCAAUGUGUGGAUUGAGAUUCUUGGUUACGCAGCAAGUCACUGCAGAGGGUAUUAUCAUGCUCAACAGCUUUCGAUGGGCGGGGAGCUCCUCACUCAUGUCUGGCUUCUUAUGGCGCAUCUUGGCAUUACGAAACAAUUUCAAAUCAACCGAGGCCAUGCUAGAGCCAAGUUGGCUGUCUACUGAUUAUGUUUUUUCCUUUUUAUGUUUUGUACUAAAGUUGUUGGCGGUGUGAACUUGACUUAACUAUUUCGAUGAUAAAUUUCUAGUUGGGUAGUUCAGGUAAAUGGGUGGUGUUGGGUGGAGGGAGAGUGGCCAAGAGAGCUGCGAAAAUUGGCUUACCCUUCUGUAUACUGCAAAUUAGCUUACCCUUCUAUAUACU